AUGAAGCGCGCGCUCGAGAUCGUGGUGAUUGCGAUCACCUUCUACCCGCUGGCACGAGCGGGCUACUCGCCAUGUCCCAAUUUAUGCAGUGGACAUGGCAAUUGCCCCCUCACUCGUGUUUGCGAGUGCGUGCAGUCCCAUGUUGAGACUUUACGCGACUACACAGCAUAGGUGUUUCAAUGGCUGGACAGGUGCUGAUUGCUCGCUGAAAACGUGUCCUCUUGGUUCAGCUUGGGCGGAUGCAGCUGACACUAUCAUUGGUAUGUCAAUGCUCCCUACUGGGACAUAUGUUGUAAUCUAUAAUCAAGAGUGAACCUUGGCUCCUUCGCGCGCAGGCACAGACGAUGCGCACAAUAACGCCGAAUGCUCUAAUCGUGGUACAUGUGAUCGCACUUCUGGGAUCUGCCUUUGUGAGGAAUCGCGCUUUGAAGGAGCUGCUUGUGAACGCAAGUCCUGUCCAGACGCCUGUAAUGGACGAGGACGAUGUCAAAACAUGAAGUACUCCAAUUUCACGAGGACGAUUUCAAUAUGUUUAAUGCACUUUUUUAGGUAUUACGCCUCCCUGAAAGACCCAGGCGAAGGUCCCGUCUAUACAUACUUGUCUAACUGGGAUGCGGAAAUGAUGUACGGAUGUAACUGUGAUCACGGUAUAUUUGGUCCUGACUGCUCCCUACGCUCUUGCCCGACUGGGGACGACCCCCUCACUGAGAGUGUCGUUGAUAAUCCGCCCGAUUCAGCGCCUAGAUGACCAUAAAUCGAAGAAACCUGAUGGCAGGUCUGAGCUACAAGUGACGGCGCAGCAGCAAAUAGAAUGCAAAGCAGAUUCGGGCUAUGUUGUUUUGUCAUUCCGAAACAAGCAUACAGAUCGAAUUCCGUAUCACAAUUGACGUCCUUCCUGUAGUUACUAGAGGUCAGUGGUGAUGAGUAUGCCUAUAAUAGGUAUUAUGCGAGUGACAACGAGGUGCAGGGCUAUCUCGAAGCCCUUUCGACAAUUUCAAGUGACUAUGGACCGGCAUUGUCCGUCCAAAUGAAUGGUUAUAUAGUUCACAGUGUCUGAUUAUAAGGAUCAUGACAAUGUGCAGUGAUGAAGUACUGAUUUUCUUUCGAUUAGGCCAAGCAUUUUGCUCUGCCUCCUCAACUUUGACAAAAAUUGAUUUCCUUCAAGACUUUGGCAAUUUGCCUCUGAUUGUCGCGGAUGGCAAUGGCCUGGCGCUUUCUGCUAGUACCAGUCCAAAAGUAUCCGUCUCCGAGGUUCGCGCUGGCACCAAGGAAGAUGAACCUUGUAAGAUUGCGACGUGUCCACACGUACUUAGCACGCUUCAGAACAAAGAUGUAGGCUCAAAUAGAGGAAUUUGUGAUGAAGAGAUAGGCGUCUGUAGCUGCAUGGACUAUAUGACCACAUCGGAUGGUUAUGGUAACGAAGGCCAAAGGGGUGACUGCGGAUAUGCCAGCCAGCAGCUAGUUGACUGUCCAAACGAAAACAGUCCGUGUAAUAUGAAAGGGACCUGUCAAGGUAAACCAACUUAUCGCUGUGACUGCCAGCAAGGUUGGACUGGCGCUGACUGUUCCUUGCUUACUUGCCCGUAUGGUAAGACUUGGUUUGGGCGGCCUACAACCGGAGACGAUUAUGCACACAUGACAGACGACAUUGUAGAAUGCUCAAAUAUGGGCACCUGCAAUAGAGUUACUGGCACCUGCUCUUGCAUGGAGGGUUUUGAAGGUGCUGCAUGUAAUGUCAUGAGUUGUCCGGGCAAAGAGCCCAAUGGCCCUGCCUGUAAUGGCCGCGGGGAAUGCCUCACGAUGGGUCAACUAGCUGAGCACGCAACAAUCAACGGGGACGAUGCUCUCUUCACCUAUGGAUCUACGCCAAAUAAUCAACUGACCUGGGAUUUUGAUAUGGUAUGUGUGUUGCCCAAGUGGUCGAAUUAUUAUGUGUUAAUGUAGGUACAGGGCUGCAUGUGCCACGAUGGAUUUUUUGGCUACGAUUGUUCACUUUUUUCUUGUACCUCCGGAGAUAAUCCACAUACCAAUGGACAAUCUAACGAAAUUCAAACUCUCUACUGCAAGGCAUCUCUUCCUUCGGCGGCUCUGAUUCUACGUUUUCGCCGACAAUCGACUGUGGAAUUGAUGUGCUGACAGACUGCGCGUUUGACUCAAACGCCCCGCGGUGUCCUUGAAAAGCUCACGAAUCGAUUCAUUAAGGGGUUUCCAAACCCACAGGUCAACAGCGAAUCUUGUUGAAGUCGAGGUCGCUCUUGAAUCAUUGAGCACGAUUGUAGAUGUAAGUCUUGGUGCUGUGAGCUCAGAUCAGACGACAAUCUGCUCAGAGGGUGGAUCCUCUACAACUGUAGAGUUCCUCUCACCGACUGGUGAUGUGCCGCUUCUUCAGGUUAGCCUGCUUGAUGUAGACUCGGCCUCUGUUCAAGAGCAUGUAAAGGGAACCAAGGAGGACGAGGUCUGCUCUGGUCGGGGGCUCUGCGACCAAACAACUGGUUCCUGUACUUGCUUCUCUGGCUUUGGUUCCAGCGACGGGCAAGGGCGGAAGGGCACUCUUGAUGAUUGUGGCUUUGUCGUCCCAAUAUUUCGCUGUGAGGAUGGUUCAUUGGAUUGUUGAGACUAUCAUAGAAACGUGCAAUCAAUCUUCUAUUGUCAUUGUGAGUAUCUUAGCGGAAUUAUAUGCCUAAAUAGCCCCUUUAAACGAAACGGUGACCACCCGGUCCUGGUCAGAGUUCCCUGCAUUGGGGCCACUGGGAAGGAAUCGUGGCAUAUCACUGUCCUUGCCGGUAGCAGCGUCACGCUGACUCGGAGCCUUAUAUACUGGCCUCCUCAUCUGUCGCGUUAGACCACGCCUCCCGAGCCGCUGACGCGUACGCGUCCUUUGCGACGGAAAUUUGGGUUCAAGUUUACCCUAGUUUCUCGGAGCGGAGGAGUCGUGGUCUGUACUCACGGGGCCUGACGCCAAAUUGGUGAGAUUUUCAAUUGAUAGCCCGAACGGGGCGCCUUCGCCCGCUGGGGCCCCAGGGGCAUCCUAAGCCCACGGCGACACUAGCUUGCCCCGAAGGUGCCCCCCUCGAGAUGGGGUGAGGUGCCAAAAUAGCCUAACGCGCGGGUAUUUGGCUUAACUCGCGGGUUUUCAGGGGGUGAAAGUCAAAACUCGCUGCUAUGCUGGCGGUUUCCCCCUCGAAGUCCCCCUUGGUACCCGCGGCGUCUGUAGGAAGC